UGAGGCGAGAAGAGCUCCUGACAGCCCUUAAAUUGCUGUAAUGCUGUGUGACCAACAGUCAUACCUAAUCAAUUUCUAUCCUGGCUGCACCUUUUCUUAUUCAUCUCACUCUGCUUUAAUUGUUUUACUCGCUUUAGAUUUCCUGCAUUCUGCACAAUGCGCGCUUUAGCAGAACACAAAGUUAAACGUGUUUCUUUCUAGUCCAUGAAUAAAAUACAUUUAGCAUGUUUUUGUUUCUCUUUGAUGAAAGUAUUACUUUGAUGUUGGCAUUGCUUGCUCAGCCUUGGAGUUAGGAGAAUAAUUCGAUGAAUGGUUCCGAUGCACUGCCCGGUUAAUGGAUGUAAAUGGUCAGAGGAGUCCUCCCCACUGGUUAAUUGCGCUAAAAUUGGUCUAAGCUACUUUGUGAGGACCAUCAAUGGCCCCGCGCCGCAUGGGGUCUGUAUGAUUAACUUCUCCUUCCUUUCAAAGGCCUCUUGAUGUUCCCUUUGGAGGCAGCAGGCCAAUCAAAACCGCACUCCGAGACGUCACGAGGCCAGCUUGGAGCGCUGAUUGGUGGGGGCGGGUUGGGGGAACAGCCCCUGUCCUUUUAUAGACGACCCCGUACAGCGCGUAAAAGCUACUGGGCACCGCUGAUAGCGCUGAGACGCAAAUUGGACACUGUAGCUACACCUCCUCUCCUCUGAACGGGCCACACGGAGGUGCAUGGCCCCAUCGCCCUGCGUCAUGAUGAAUCCUGUACAGGGAUCGCCGUCACAAGAAGCCAAGCAGCUUCAUCAGAAAGAGGAGACGGACACGGAAGGCGAGGAGUUUCAGCCCAAAGACAUGACCACUGAGAAAGGAUACAAACAGCCGCGGAGCAGCCUCCCGUUCAGCGUGGAGUCGUUGAUUUCCAAAAAGACCACCUGUCGGACUUCCUACUCCCCCUCAGAUUUAGCUCUGGCUCUGCCGAAGCCCGCGGCCGGUCAUGGCGCACAGUUCUCUCCAAGGACUCUUUACGCGGAGAGGAACGUGUCCGCGGAGAGCUCGCAGGGUGUUUCCAGUAGUUCCAGCGAGGACGGGACGCAGUGCUGUGAGAAGGAUCAGAGCACCUGGUUCCAGACGUCCUCCUUCUCUCCUCCGCCUCGGAGCACCAGUCCAACUGCGUGUCCUCUAAGGAAACACAAAAACAACAGGAAACCUCGCACGCCCUUCACUACCUCUCAGCUGCUCGCGCUGGAGCGCAAGUUCCGCCAGAAGCAGUACCUCUCCAUCGCCGAGAGAGCCGAGUUCUCCAACUCUCUCAACCUGACGGAGACUCAGGUCAAAAUCUGGUUUCAGAACAGGGUGGCCAAAGCCAAGAGACUGCAGGAGGCCGAGCUGGAGAAGUAUAAACUCGCCUCCAAGCCCGUCCUUCCUGCCUUCGCGCUGCCGUUCCCCCUCGGAGCGCACAUGGGGUCUCCGACAACAUGGGGCCCGUCAAACGGCUUCCCGAGGCCCAGCCUGCCGAUGCCAGGACUGUUCAGUGGACCCGUCACUUAUGGGAUGUACUAUCUGUCCUAGUGUUGUGUGUGGGGGUUAAGAGAGAAUCAUGUCAUCUGUCAUUGCUGCAAUACGCGUAGAAACGAGGCUGUCGAGGACUUUCCUCACCAGAAAACAUUUAUACUUUUAUUUGGGAGUUCAGAUAUUUCCUCUAACCUCCAGAGAGCAAUAAUAAAAAAUCUGGGAUGCAUUUUCGAUACAUAAUUGUGUGCGUAAUUGGCCUUAGCGGGUUCACUUGCUCUCCCUAAUUUAAAUCAGGGUCCAGCUCUGUGGAUUGUGGAUUCCCAGGCUUCAGCAAUACUCCAAAAGUAAAUGUUCAGGUCUUUAAACGAC